GGCUCCGCUGCGGGCGGCUCGGCUCGGCUCGGCACCGCUCGGCACCGCUCGGCUGCGGGCGGCUCCCGCUGCUGCAGCCGCUGCGGGGCCAGUCGUGCUCGGAGUACCUGCGACACAACUGGGCUAUUCUUUAACUGUGCGAGAAGUAUUCCCUUCACGCAAGCUCCCUGCUGGCUUUCUGCAUCCGUAAUUUCUCGGAGCCGUUCUUUCCCUCCUUCUUCUUUUUCCCUUUCUCCCCCUUUUUUUCCUUCUUCUAUUUUUUUUUCUUUUCCCGCUCGUUGUUCGCCCCCCUCCCAAUGUGUGCUGCCUCAAUAGCCCUCAUUAUGCUGUGCUCAGUGGCCCGGUGUGUUCCCCGCCUCUGCUAGGCAGUGGCAGCAUGGAUGGUGCUCUUGUGACGACCUCUACUGAUGCUAUCAGUCCACUGCGGAUAGGCAUGCUGAGUAAUCCUGCUGUAAAUGGGCGAGGACACGGACACACGGAAAAUUAACCACAGCUUUCUGCGAGACCACAACUAUGUGACUGAAGGACAGGUAUAGCAAGGGCAGCAGCAAUGCAAGCUUCCCCACACUGUCCUGCCAAUGCUCCUCAGCCCAGUUCUGAAGAAGUCACUUCUGGAGAUAUCACUUGCUGGCUGCAGAGUGGGUGGAUUCAUCUUCCUUCUGGAGCCUGAGCAAAUCACUCGAGGAAGAUCUUGCUUUCUGCUGCAUCCCAAAGACCAUAUGGAAGGGGAGAGCAUCUGUGAGGUUGAUUCUGGAGAUGGACUGGGAGCUGAUAUUAUUUCUACAGUUGAGUUCAACCACACUGGAGAACUGCUGGCUACUGGUGACAAGGGGGGCCGAGUGGUUAUAUUCCAAAGGGAGCCUGAGAGUAAAAAUGAGCCUUACAAUCAGGGGGAGUACAAUGUUUACAGCACUUUCCAGAGCCAUGAACCUGAAUUUGAUUAUUUGAAGAGUUUGGAGAUAGAAGAAAAAAUAAACAAGAUCAAGUGGUUACCACAGCAAAAUGCAGCUCAUUCACUUCUAUCAACAAAUGAUAAAACAAUCAAAUUGUGGAAAAUUACUGAAAGAGAUAAGAGACCGGAGGGGUACAACUUAAAAGAUGAAGAAGGAAAGCUUAAAGAUCUUUCUACAGUAACAUCACUGCAGGUGCCUGUAUUGAAACCCAUGGAUUUGAUGGUAGAAGUCACUCCCAGGAGAAUCUUUGCUAAUGGUCACACCUAUCAUGUCAACUCAAUAUCUGUCAACAGUGACUGUGAGACGUACAUGUCAGCGGAUGAUCUCAGGAUUAACCUCUGGCAUUUAGCCAUCACAGACAGGAGCUUCAACAUUGUAGAUAUAAAGCCAGCCAAUAUGGAGGACCUGACAGAAGUGAUUACAGCCUCUGAGUUCCAUCCCCAUCACUGCAACCUCUUUGUCUACAGCAGCAGCAAAGGAUCCCUGAGACUCUGCGACAUGAGGGCAUCAGCCCUCUGUGACAAACAUUCCAAGCUUUAUGAAGAACCAGAAGACCCCAGUAACAGAUCAUUUUUUUCAGAAAUUAUCUCUUCAGUGUCAGAUGUCAAAUUCAGUCACAGUGGUAGAUACAUGCUUACAAGAGAUUACCUCACUGUCAAGGUUUGGGAUCUGAACAUGGAAACAAAGCCUGUAGAAACGUACCAGGUCCAUGAUUACCUUAGAAGCAAGUUGUGUUCCCUCUAUGAAAACGACUGCAUCUUUGACAAGUUUGAAUGUGCAUGGAAUGGAUCAGACAGUGUGAUAAUGACAGGUGCAUACAACAACUUCUUCCGAAUGUUUGACCGCAACACCAAGCGGGACGUGACCCUGGAGGCCUCCCGGGAGAGCAGCAAACCACGAGCCAUCCUCAAGCCCCGCAGAGUCUGCGUGGGAGGCAAGAGGAGGAAAGAUGACAUCAGUGUUGACAGUUUGGACUUUACUAAGAAGAUCUUGCACACAGCAUGGCACCCAACCGAGAACAUCAUUGCUAUAGCAGCGACAAACAAUCUGUACAUAUUUCAGGAUAAAGUGAACUCAGAAAUGCACUAGAUUUAUCAAUAUCCCUCUAUAUUUACAAACCAGCCUCUUGAGAGUUGUAGAAGGAUGUGAUCUUCACAAAAAUUUUGGCUUCUGUGGUGGGAUUUGUAGGUUGCAUCCUUUCAUCCCUCAGCCUGUAUCAUUAUUGGUGGCAAGCCAAUUCUUUUCCAUCACUGCAACUGUAUGAGUAAAAGGCACGAGUGCAAAUCCA